CCUGGGCCUGGGCCCGACCCCAAGUGGUCCUCCUGGAGGAGGAUGAAGACCUGGGGUUGCAGCCGCGGGGGAGGGGCCCUGCCGGCAGAGGGGUGGCCUGGGGAUGUGCACUGCCUGCCUGCCACCUCUGUUUGGUGUCCCCCAGGCCCUGGUGGACGAUACUGAGGAUGUGUCCCUGGACUUCGGCAACGAAGAGGAGCUGGCCUUUCGGAAAGCCAAGAUUAGGCACCCGUUGGCCACCUUCUUCCACCUGUUCUUCCGGGUGAGCGCCAUCGUCACCUACGUGUGCUGCGACUGGCUCAGCAGAAGCUUUGUGGGCUGCUUCGUCACUGUGCUGCUCCUCCUGUCCUGCGACUUCUGGUCGGUGAAGAACAUCACCGGGAGACUCCUGGUGGGCCUCCACUGGCGGAACCAGAUAGAUGAAGAUGGGAAGAGCCACUGGAUCUUCGAGGCCAGAAAGGCGUCCCCCCAGCACGCCGCCACGGAGGCAGAGGCGCGCAUCUUCUGGCUUGGCCUCAUCAUCUGCCCCGUGAUCUGGAUCGUGUUCUUCUUCAGCACCUUGUUCUCCUUGAAGCUCAAGUGGCUGGCCCUCGUGAUAGCCGGGAUCUCUCUGCAAGCUGCUAACCUCUAUGGCUACAUCCUUUGUAAGAUGGGAGGCGAGAGGGACAGGAGCAAAGCCACAGCCAGUUUUCUGUCCCACGCAGUGAUCCCCAUGGCCAGCCCGAGGGACUUCCAGAAGCCUGGCCUCGAGGGGCUGGAGAUUCACAAACAUUAGGAGCAGCAUUUGGACGACGCUGUUUGAAACCAUGAGUGGGUUUUGCAAUGAGGCCACAUGUCCCUCCCUGUGCUUCCUUUUCAGGCCUGACUUCUGAGGUGGCAGCGGCUUAAGCGCGAAGGCCUGUAACUGCACCAGCUUCCGCCAGAGCAGAAUUCCCCGACCAGGAAGCCACGGGCUUCGUACCAGAAGCAGGCCUCGGAGGAGAGCUCAGAGGUUUUUAUUUUUAAGAUGGCACAUUUGUAAAGAAUGCCUUUAUGUAUGUCGAAAAGUAUACAAACAUCAUGAUUAAAGCAUCUCUCAAAGAUGA